UACUCCUCUUGAGGUUUUCUUCUUGCUUCUAGAGCCACCUGUUAAAGAGGCGGCCUUGCUUGCUUCCUUUCCAGAUUCCUCCAUAGCUCACAGAAACCUCACAACCCUAGUUCGGCGAGAGCCGGAAGCUAUCAAGCUAAGCGAGAUACGAAGGAAAGCGGUUCUUGCAGCAGAAAUUUCAAGGCUUUGCCGCCAAAUUUGGCCCAAGUUUGGCUCAAAAUCCACCAUUGCAGGCCCCUGCCCCUCGGGAGGCUAAAGCGAGACGAAGGCCAUGUCGCGGCGGUCUGGGUAUCGCGCGGCGGAGCAGGAAGACCGCCAGGUUGAUCUGAUGGGCGACUCCGACUUCGACGACGACGAGUACGGACAACCUAUAGAGUCCAAAGAAGAUACGUCGGCGGUGGAUGUGAAGAAAGGGAAGGACAUACAAGGAAUUCCAUGGGAUAAUUUGAGCUUCUCAAGGGACAGGUAUAGGAAGACUAGGAUGGUACAGUACGCGAACUUUGAGAAUGUACCCAACUCCGGGAAAAAUUCAGAGAAGGUAUGCACACCUGUAGAUAAAGGGGCACUCUACUAUGAGUUUCAGUACAACACAAGAUCGGUGAAACCGACAAUUCUUCAUUUCCAGUUGAGAAAUUUAGUAUGGGCAACUACUAGACAUGAUGUGUAUCUUCUAUCACAACGUUCUGUGCUUCAUUGGUCACCAUUCGCCAGUGAGAAGCACAAAGUCAUUGAUCUUCAAGGACAUAUCACGCCAUCUGAGAAGCACCAGGGGAAUGUCUCCGAGGGGUUUUACCAGGCUCAAGUUAGUACACUAGCAGUGAGAGGUAAUUUGCUUGUUGCCGGUGGAUUUCGUGGAGAACUAAUUUGCAAGUUUUUGGAUCGUGAAGGAAUAAGCUAUUGUUGCAAGUCAACACACGAUGACAAUGGCAUCACUAAUUCUCUGGAGAUAUUUGAGAAACCCAGUGGUUCGGUGCACUUCCUGGCUUCAAACAAUGAUUGUGGAGUUCGAGACUUUGACAUGGAAAAAUUUCAAAUUUGCAAUAAUUUCCGUUUUCCUUGGGCUGUUAAUCACACAUCAUUGAGCCCGGAUGGUAAACUUGUUGCUAUUGUUGGGGACAACCCUGAAGGACUUAUAGUCGAUACUAAUUCAGGAAAAACAGUUCAUGAACUCCGCGGUCAUCUGGACUACUCUUUCGCGUCAGCGUGGAACCCAGAUGGCCGGACAUUCGCGACUGGUAACCAAGACAAGACAUGCAGGAUCUGGGAUAUCCGAAACCUUUCCAAGUCCGUUGCUGUUCUGGGUGGCAAUAUGGGAGCCAUACGGUCGAUUCGCUACACAUCCGAUGGGCGAUUCUUGGCAAUGGCGGAACCAGCAGAUUUCGUUCAUAUAUUCGACGUCGGAAGCGGGUACCGAAGGAAGCAGGUGGUGGAUUUCUUUGGUGAGAUUUCUGGCAUUUCGUUCAGUCCCGACACCGAGGCUCUGUUCAUCGGUGUUCAUGAUCGGACCUAUAGCAGCCUCCUCCAGUACAACCGGCUACGGUUCUACUCAUACCUUGAUUCUGCUAUCUGAAUUUGCUACUUGCAAUCACUGGCAGAGUAAUGUGAGUUCUGAAUCACAAAAAAUUGUAGAAGCUAGUAAAGUAGUAGAGAAGAUGUAGAUAUGUCCAUAUCUGUAGCUGUUACUGUAAAGGAACCUGAAAUGCAUCUGCAAAUGGCCUGUUGCUUUUGCUGGACAAAACUGUAUCCAUCAGACUUCAGGGUGAGCAAUCAUCCUACGGAAGAGAAGAUGUUAUCUGGUA